UAUAAAUAUAAGCAGUGUGCAUGUAGGAUGUACAAGUAGGUGAAGUAUAAGAGAGAGGGAAAGAGAACGAGAACAGUCAGAUAAAAAGCAAAAGAGAAAAAGCAAAAUGAAAAUGGUGCAAGAGGAAACCAGAAAGGGACCAUGGACGGAACAAGAGGACAUCCUUCUGGUCAACUUUGUGCACUUAUUUGGAGAUCGACGAUGGGAUUUUAUAGCAAAAGUUUCAGGUUUGAACAGAACAGGAAAGAGUUGCAGGUUAAGGUGGGUUAAUUACCUUCACCCUGGUCUCAAACGUGGGAAGAUGACCCUUCAAGAGGAGCGCCUGGUGCUUGAACUUCAUGCUAAAUGGGGAAAUAGGUGGUCAAGAAUUGCCCGGAAAUUACCAGGGCGUACUGAUAAUGAAAUUAAGAAUUACUGGAGAACCCAUAUGAGGAAAAAGGCUCAACAGAGGAAACAGGACAAUUCUCCAUCGUCCCCAUCAUCUAAUUGCUGUUCCUCGUCAUCAACUGUUACCACAGUGGACUUGAUGCUAUUCCCAGAUGCAGGAAAAGCAAGUUUUUAUGAUACAGGUGGACUUGAUCAUGUUACAACUCCAGAAGGGAAAAAGAUUGAAGUUGAGGAAGAGAAGGGAUACUCCAUGGAUGAUAUAUGGAAAGAUAUCGAUCUCUCGGAAGAAAACACCAUAAAACCAGUAAGUAAUGGAUACAGCAAUUUCUCUUAUCCUUCUAUUGUUGCUUCUCCAUCCUGGGAGUACUCUCUGGACUCAGUCUGGCGUAUAUUUGAAGAAGAUACUAAGAUGUUUCUCCCCACCAAUCAGUUCCCUCCCUGCAGCUACGAGUAUGGGGAGGCAUUUUUAACCGGCUAAUCAGAAUUUUAUUGAUUUAUUGUUUAUAUAUAUAUAUGUGAUAUUCCCCCCAAAGAAACUCUAACCUGUAUAGUAUGGGUGUUCUCCGAGCUGUCUGAUACAGUCUUGCAUCAUUCCAAAUCACUGUUAACCAUCUCAAGCAUAGUCUCUAUAUCCCUGUGUUGUGAGUUUUUAAAUCUCAGAGAGAAGAGAAAAUCCUAUCAGAUCUCUCUUGAAGAGACUGGUAUGUUAA